GCACGCAGAGGCGCGGUGAGCACUGACACAAAGGAGAGCGAGGAGGCUGGCAGGAUUGCCUCGGAUUGUGCGAUAGUAACUCCUUUCCUUUUGGAUUUUUCUCUUUUUUUAAAAAACGGACUGAAAAGCGUGGCGGGCUUUCUGAGGUUCAGCAUGAGUUUGAAAGAGUUCCUGGAGUAAUCGGACUCGCUUGCAGAGCGCGGGUUGCCCGUCAGUUUUGCCUUUGGACUGGUUGCGCACAGAAGGCGGCGAUGGAGGUGCGCGUCCCGGGAUGGUGCGUUCUGAUCGCGCUCAUGCUGCACUCUACUCGCUGCAAGGCGGCCAAGGAGCUUCAGUGCCAGGAGAUCUCCGUCCCCCUGUGCAAAGGGAUCGGCUACAACUACACUUACAUGCCCAACCAGUUCAACCACGACACCCAGGACGAAGCCGGGCUGGAGGUGCACCAGUUCUGGCCACUGGUGGAGAUCAAGUGCUCCCCGGACCUGCGCUUCUUCCUCUGCAGCAUGUACACGCCGAUCUGCCUGGAGGAUUACAAGAAGCCGCUGCCGCCGUGCAGGAGCGUGUGUGAGCGGGCCAAGGCCGGCUGCGCGCCGCUCAUGAGCCUGUACGGCUUCCCGUGGCCGGACCGGAUGAGGUGCGACCAGCUGCCCGAGCAGGGUGACCAGGACACGCUGUGCAUGGACUACAACCAGGGCCAAACCACCACUGCGUCCCCCGUCCUGGCCAAGCCGACCAACCGGCCGCUGAAGCCCUACACCAAGAAGAAAAUCGGCUACGGCCGAGGCUUCCCGGGCAAACACAAGCCGGCCGCGUCUCCCUGCGAGAUGGGCUGCUUCUGCCGUGCGCCGAUGGUGCCGGUGACGGCGGAGGGCCACCCGCUGCACAACCGCGUCAAGACGGGCCAGAUCACCAACUGCGCCAUGCCUUGCCACAACCCGUACUUCACCCAGGAGGAGAGGACGUUCACUGCGUUCUGGAUCGGCCUGUGGUCGGUGCUCUGCUUCAUCUCGACUUUCGCGACCGUGGCAACUUUCCUCAUAGACAUGGAGAGGUUCAAGUACCCGGAGCGGCCCAUCAUCUUCCUCUCGGCCUGCUACAUGUUCGUCUCGGUGGGAUACAUCGUCAGGCUGAUCGCCGGACACGAGCAGGUGGCGUGCAGCAGGGAGAACGGCGCGGAGCACAUCCACUACGAGACAACGGGUCCUGCGCUCUGCACCGUCGUCUUCCUGCUCAUCUACUUCUUCGGCAUGGCCAGCUCCAUCUGGUGGGUGAUCCUGUCCCUCACCUGGUUCCUGGCGGCAGGCAUGAAGUGGGGCAACGAGGCCAUCGCCAGUUACUCCCAGUACUUCCACCUGGCCGCCUGGCUCAUCCCCAGCCUGAAGUCCAUCACGGUUCUGGCGCUCAGCUCCGUGGACGGGGACUCCGUGGCUGGGAUCUGCUACGUGGGGAACCAGAACCUGGACAACCUGCGGGGGUUUGUGCUCGCGCCGCUGGUCAUCUACCUGUUCAUCGGCACCAUGUUCCUGCUGGCCGGCUUCGUCUCGCUGUUCCGCAUCAGGAGCGUCAUAAAGCAGGGCGGAACCAAGACCGACAAGCUGGAGCGCCUGAUGAUCCGGAUCGGUGUUUUCACGGUGCUGUACACCGUCCCGGCCACGGUCAUAGUGGCGUGCUACUUUUACGAGCAGCACAACAGGCAGACGUGGGAGAUUACGCACAACUGUACGUGCGUAACGGACCGCCUCAGGCAGAGACCGGACUACGCCGUGUUCAUGCUGAAGUACUUCAUGUGCCUCCUGGUGGGGAUCACCUCGGGGGCCUGGAUCUGGUCCGGCAAGACGCUGGAGUCCUGGAGGACUUUUUGCACGCGUUGCUGCUGGGGGAGCAAAGCGUCCGCGGGCUCCAUGUACAGCGACGUGAGUACCGGACUGACCUGGAGAUCCGGGACAGCCAGCUCUGUCUCCUGCCCCAAACAAAUGCCUCUCUCCCGGGUCUAAGCGCCGCGAGCUCUUCUGUCCUAAGACUGUAAGCUCUUUGGAAGAUCUUUACGAGAUAAAUUAUUAAACUGAGACUCCAAGAUGACAGACUCGCUCUUAUUUGAGUUAAAAAAAAGUUAUAAAAUGAGCUGAAACGCAAGCUUAUUUGCCUUAUCCAAAAGGAGGGGGGGGGGGGGG